GCCGAGUCUGAACGGAGUCCGAUAUCUUCUACCCGAGAAGUGUUUACGGUAGAUCACCACAAUGCAGCGGACAUUAUCAACAAGGAGAGCAGCAGAAGGCGUAUUAUCAUCUACGUCAAUGCUGAUACGGACAGUUGAGGGAAGAGGGUCUGGGAUGAGGAUGCGGAUGAUCAAGAUGAGAAGUGAACGAGAAGUGAUCCCGACUCGAGCGUUCAGUGUAUCUCGGUCUUCGUUGUUCAGAAACUCGCGAUUGUCGCUGGCAGAAGCGAGCUCUCCGGAUGCUAGCGGGAUGAAACCCAUCAAGCCAUUCGGAUCCUCGCCAUGGUGGCCGAUUGUGAAGGUGUAUCUCUACGGAUCGCUGGUGUAUAUGACGUUACACUGGGCGUGGUGGAAACUAGAGUCCGAUGAACUUGAAGAGCGAUUAUCUGCCAAAGAACGCAUGCUAGAAGAUGAAUUGGUUCAAAUACUGGAAGGUAGGAAAGCAGAGCUAUUAAAGGAGCAGCAGUGGAAGACAGAGAAGAGAGCGAGCAGCACGCGGUCGUUUCUGCGUAAGCUGUGGCCGUGGUAGGCUGUGCUGAGCAAGCAAGCAGCGGCGGAAUGAUUCUAUGUAUAUUUUGCGAUUGUUUACUGGUUGUUUUUUGUAUAUAUGAAGGAAUUGUAAAUCAAUUAGUUAAAGUAGUUA